AAGCGAUGGAGAUGGAGCAGUACCCUAGCUCGCUCAUUUGUUUCUCCAGCAGCAGCAACCUCUCACUCUGAUCGACCUCGUCGAUCUCCCAUGAAGAUCGGGUGCGACGCGUGCGAGCGCGCGGAGGCGGCGGUGCUGUGCUGCGCCGACGAGGCCGCGCUCUGCCGCAGCUGCGACGCCGCCGUCCACUCCGCCAACAAGCUCGCCGCCAGGCACCACCGCGUCGCGCUGCUCCCGUCGUCCACCGCUCACCCUCCCUCGUCCACCAGUCCCAUCGCCGACGACGGCAGCGGCAGCGGCGGCGGCGGCGGCGACGGCCACCCCGCCUGUGACAUCUGCCAGGAGAAGACGGGCUACUUCUUCUGCCUCGAGGACCGCGCCCUGCUGUGCCGGCCCUGCGACGUCGCCGUCCACGCCGCGGGCGUCCACGUCUCGUCCCACCGGCGCUUCCUCAUCACCGGCGUCCGUGUGGGCGACGUCGAGAGCCUGAGCCACGGUGUCCCCGGCAGUGAUGGCGGCGCCAGCCCAAGCACGACCAGCAGCGGCAACGGGAGCAGCAACGCUCCCGGCAGCAGCUCCGGCGGCGGCAACCCGACGACGACGACGACGACGACGACCAUGCCCGACCAAGUGCGGCCGUCGUCGUCGUCGUCGAUCCGCGCCACGGCAGCGACGACGGCAGAGGGCUCGCCGGGGCAGUGGCAGCAGUGGCUGUGGAGUGACUUCUUGGCCGACGACGUUGGCGGUGGCGGUGGCGUUGACAUGGAGGAGGAGUGCUGCCAUGCUGAGCUAUCUGAACCUGGCUCCUCCGGCCUUACUAGAUCCUGACAUGUUGAGAUCUCAUCACAUGAUUGAGAUGAUGAUUCCUAGAAUCAGCUGAUGAUCAAAGAACAAAUGUAGUAUCAAGUCAAAGUGUUUGCUGAGCUUUUUUUUUUCAUUCCUACGCAAACUCUUCAGAAUUAAAAGAUUAUAAACUAUACUCCGGUUCCAUAACUUCGGUUGUUCUGAACAAAAAUCAA